AUGAUAUCCAAGGACGAGAAACAGGUUGAACAGAAAAACAUCGUGCCGCAGGACCACGAAGAGGAAGACGUGGAAGAUGAUGACGUUGUAGAGGAUACACCAGGCGCUGGAGAAGAGACUAAGAAAAAGAAGAAAAAGAAGAAGUCUAAGAAGAAAAAGGUGCAACAGUCAGAUCCCCCACGAGUUGGUCUGUCGAAGAUAUUCACGAAUGGUGUCUACCCAGAGGGAGAGAUACAGCCCUACAAGAAUGAUAACGCAUGGAGGACGACGUCCGAGGAGAAGCGCUACGAUGAAAGAAUGGCAAUGGAAGACCCAGAGAUCACGUACCAGAGCAUCCGUCGUGCCGCAGAAGUUCAUCGACAGGUUCGACAAAGCGCACGGAAAUACAUACGUCCCGGGAUGACCAUGACCGAAAUUGCAAACUUGAUCGAAGAUGGCAGCCGUGCCCUGGUCGAGGAAAAUGGACUGGAGUCUGGCAUUGGGUUUCCGACUGGACUCAGCUUGAAUCAUUGCGCUGCUCAUUACACACCAAACGCUGGGGACACUAACAUUCUUCAAAGUGGUGAUGUUUUAAAGAUCGAUAUUGGAGUGCAUGUGAAAGGACGCAUAGUCGAUUCCGCUUUCACGCUUAAUUUUGAGCCUACUUACGACAAGCUUAUUGAAGCAGUAAGGGCUGCCACUGAUACUGGAGUCAGGGAAUCCGGUAUUGACGUGCGCUUGGGCGAAAUCGGAGGUGCCAUCCAAGAGACUAUGGAGUCAUACGAGGUUGAGGUCGAUGGAAAAGUAUAUCCGGGUAUUCAUCUUUCAUCCAAUAUUUCGGACUCCUUUGACAAGUUUCUAGUCAAGUCUAUAGGAAACCUUAGCGGGCAUUCUAUAGGACUUUACCAGAUACACGGCGGUAAAUCAGUCCAACUCGUUAAGAACGAUGAUCCGACGAAAAUGGAAGAGGGCGAGUAUUUUGCGAUUGAAACCUUUGGCUCGACGGGUCGUGGGCGUGUGGUUGAGAGCGGCGAGUGCUCGCAUUACGCAAAAAUCAUCGACGCUCCGCGCGCGCCCCUCAGACUAACGUCUGCCAAGUCACUACUCAAGUCGAUUAGCCAUAACUUCGGAACUCUUCCAUUUUGCCGACGGUACUUGGAUCGCGUUGGUGAAAGCAAAUAUCUGCUGGCGCUCAACCAUCUAGUGCAACAAGGAAUCGUUCAAGACUACCCACCGCUCUGUGAUGCUAAGGGCUCCAUGACUGCACAAUUCGAGCAUACAAUACUUCUUCGACCCACCGUUAAGGAGGUUAUCAGUCGAGGCGAUGACUAUUGA